AUGCAUACAGUUACUUCACUUGAUGAAAAUAAAUAUUUUCAUCGACAAGGAAAUAUGACAUUACAUUCAAACGAAAACGAUCAACUAUCUCCUAGAAUUCAUUCAAUAAUGGAUCAAUCUUAUGAAUAUUCACAAUUAUCAAAUCAUGAUAAUACUCAAUCAUUUAAUGUUGAUGAAGAAUAUCAAUAUUCAGAAACAUAUCCAACAACAGAUUUUAAUCUUCAAACAAUAUCUAAUAAUUAUAAUGAAGAUUAUAAUUAUCAUCAUAUAAAUACAAAUGAUAAUAUUCAAAAUUGGGAACAAUUAUUAGAUAAACCAUCACAAAUAGAUCAUUCAUAUCAAGAUAUAUCACAAUUAGAUUUAAUAACGAAUAAAAAUAUAAAUCUUGAUAUACAAAAAAAUGAUGAUAUAUAUCAAUAUAAUAAAAAUUUAUCAUUUGAAGAAAUUAAUUCUGAUAUGGAUUAUGAAACAAUUAUUCGUACAAAACAUUUAUAUAAUGAUCCAAAUCCACAAAUUAUACGAAAACCUUCUAUGAUAACUCCAGUUGUUUAUAAUCAAAAAGUUAUUGUACGAUUUUUACAACCACCACCUGUACAACAAGGACCUAUAAUCAUUCGUGAAAUUCGACCACCUCAACCUCCACCAUUAUCACCUAUUAUUAUUCGUCAAAAAGCUCAACCUCCACGUUCACCAUCACCAAUUAUUCUUCGUGAAAAACCUCCACCAAAACCUGAUAGUACAACUCCACAAGUUGUAAUAAAAACUCUUUCUCCACUUCCACCACCACCACGACCAGUAAUCCUUGAAAAAAUUCCUCCAUUACCACCUAAACCACGUGAUGUUAUCAUUGAACGAUGGAUACCUUAUGAAAAUAUACAAAAACGUAAAGUUAUUGUUCAACGAGCUGAAGAACCUAAACCUUAUCCUCCACCAAAAAAUAUUAUUAUAGUAUACGAGCCAGUACAAACUCGAAUUAUUCGUAAUGUUGAACGAUUAGGUAUUAAACCUGAAGAUCCACAUAACUAUUUAACAACUUAUAGAGAUUCAUUACUUCAAACUGAACAAUUAUUAGAACGAAUCAAACAACUUGGUAUUACUGAAGAUCUUUCUCCACCUCAACAUAUAUUCACUAAUGAACAACAACAACAAGCAUCAUUAGAUAUUGAUGAACAAAAUUAUAAUUACAAUACUUCAUUACAACAACAACAACAACAACACCAAAUCUAUAAUGAAAUAAAUGAUAAUUAUGUUCCACCCUAUGAAAAUCUUGUUAAUGGGUCAUUAUCAAAAAUAAAUUAUGAUGAAAAAACUGAACGACAAAUUGAUCAUAAUAAUCCAUUUUAUUUAACUAGUAGAAAUGAUCUAUCAACUCAUUUUACACAAUAUGGCUUAACAACUGAAUCAAUUCCAUUUUAG